AAAGCAGCCCAACCCAACAAACUGCUUCAAUUACUUCUUCAGAUCCCAAACUUGUUUGCUGUUUAUCAAAAUUCUCUCUGCCAUGUCUAACCAAGCCGAGUCUUCUGAUUCUAAGGGAACCAAAAGGGAUUUUAGUACUGCGAUUCUAGAGCGCAAAAAGUCACCCAAUCGACUGGUUGUUGAUGAAGCUAUUAAUGAUGAUAACUCUGUUGUUUCUCUCCACCCUGAAACCAUGGAGAAACUCCAGCUCUUCCGUGGUGACACCAUCUUGAUCAAGGGAAAGAAAAGGAAGGAUACCAUCUGCAUUGCUCUUGCUGAUGACACCUGUGAGGAGCCGAAGAUCAGGAUGAACAAGGUUGUGAGGUCUAACUUGAGAGUUAGACUUGGAGAUGUUGUCUCUGUGCACCAAUGUCCUGAUGUCAAAUAUGGCAAGCGUGUGCACAUACUGCCUAUAGAUGAUACAAUUGAAGGGGUCACUGGAAAUCUUUUUGAUGCUUUCUUGAAACCUUAUUUCCUGGAGGCAUAUCGCCCAGUCAGGAAGGGUGAUUUCUUCCUUGUUAGGGGAGGAAUGAGAAGUGUGGAGUUCAAGGUUAUCGAGACUGACCCUGCAGAGUAUUGUGUGGUUGCCCCUGACACUGAGGUUUUCUGCGAGGGAGAGCCAGUGAGGAGAGAAGAUGAGAACAGGUUGGAUGAAAUUGGCUAUGAUGAUGUUGGUGGUGUUAGGAAACAGAUGGCUCAGAUUCGUGAGUUGGUGGAGCUUCCACUGAGACAUCCCCAACUAUUCAAGUCAAUUGGUGUGAAACCACCAAAGGGAAUUUUGCUUUACGGGCCGCCUGGUUCUGGUAAGACCCUUAUUGCUAGGGCUGUUGCCAAUGAAACUGGUGCUUUCUUCUUCUGUAUCAACGGACCUGAGAUCAUGUCAAAAUUGGCUGGUGAGAGUGAAAGCAAUCUUCGAAAAGCUUUUGAGGAAGCAGAGAAAAAUGCACCAUCCAUCAUAUUUAUUGAUGAAAUUGACUCGAUUGCCCCCAAGAGAGAGAAGACACAUGGAGAGGUUGAGAGGAGGAUUGUCUCCCAGCUCUUAACACUUAUGGAUGGGCUUAAAUCUCGUGCACAUGUUAUUGUCAUGGGGGCCACAAAUCGCCCGAACAGCAUUGACCCAGCUUUGAGAAGGUUUGGGAGAUUUGACAGGGAAAUUGAUAUUGGUGUUCCAGAUGAAGUUGGGCGUCUCGAAGUUCUUAGAAUCCAUACAAAGAACAUGAAGCUUGCUGAAGAUGUUGAUUUGGAAAAAAUUUCUAAAGAGACACAUGGUUAUGUUGGUGCUGAUUUGGCAGCUCUCUGCACUGAAGCUGCACUUCAGUGCAUCAGGGAGAAGAUGGAUGUGAUUGACUUAGAAGAUGAAUCAAUAGAUGCUGAAAUACUUAACUCCAUGGCAGUGACUAAUGAACAUUUCAAAACUGCUCUCGGAACAAGUAACCCAUCGGCUUUGCGUGAAACAGUUGUUGAGGUUCCUAAUGUCAAUUGGGAGGAUAUUGGUGGCCUUGAGAAUGUUAAGCGGGAGCUUCAAGAGACUGUUCAAUAUCCAGUGGAGCACCCUGAGAAAUUCGAGAAAUUCGGAAUGUCACCCUCUAAGGGUGUUCUUUUCUACGGUCCUCCUGGUUGUGGAAAAACUCUUCUCGCUAAGGCUAUUGCCAAUGAGUGCCAGGCGAAUUUCAUCAGUAUUAAGGGUCCUGAAUUGCUUACAAUGUGGUUUGGUGAGAGUGAAGCCAAUGUGCGAGAGAUUUUUGACAAGGCUCGCGGGUCUGCUCCUUGUGUCCUCUUCUUCGAUGAACUUGAUUCAAUUGCUACUCAGAGAGGAAGCAGUGUAGGAGAUGCCGGGGGUGCUGCUGAUAGGGUGUUGAAUCAGCUUCUGACAGAGAUGGAUGGCAUGUCUGCAAAGAAAACUGUUUUCAUAAUUGGGGCUACUAAUCGACCUGAUAUCAUUGACCCUGCCCUUCUGCGUCCUGGUCGACUUGAUCAGCUUAUUUACAUUCCUCUUCCUGAUGAAGAUUCGCGCUAUAAUAUUUUCAAGGCUUGCUUGAGGAAAUCACCAGUGUCAAAAGAUGUCGAUCUUAGAGCACUUGCCAAGUAUACCCAGGGCUUCAGUGGUGCGGAUAUCACCGAAAUUUGCCAGCGUUCUUGCAAAUAUGCUAUAAGAGAGAACAUUGAAAAGGAUAUUGAGAGGGAGAGAAGGCGAAAAGACAACCCGGAAGCUAUGGAGGAAGAUGUCGAGGAUGAAGUGGCCGAGAUCAAGGCAGCACAUUUCGAGGAAUCCAUGAAGUACGCUCGUAGGAGUGUUAGUGAUGCUGACAUCCGUAAAUACCAGGCAUUUGCUCAGACCUUGCAACAAUCGAGAGGCUUUGGAUCUGAGUUUAGAUUUUCUGAAACAGCCGGUGGUGCAGCUGCUGCAACUGAUCCUUUUGCAGCUUCUGCAGGUGGGGCUGAUGAUGACGAUCUAUACAGUUAGAGAGUUUUCAGAACACGCUCUUUUCUUAUUUAUCUUAUGUGUAUUUGUUACAUCCACACAUGUUGUAGUUUAAGAAUGCAUGGAAUUUUAUUUUUGCCCAAGUUAGUUAUGGGUUUUGAUCUUGAUAGAACAGAUCCUGCUACUCUUCCAAAACAUUCACCUUUUUCCAGUACUAUAGCUGCAUUUCUAUGCCUUUUUAAAAGGAAAUGAUGGAUAACUGAUGUGGAUAUCAUGAAAAAUUUCAUAA